CAGAAAGUAAUCAUAAUUGACAAUUCUACAUUUUUUUACAAAUGAACUGUCCUACUUAUAUGAAUUUACAUUCGAUUUUUAAACAUCCUUCUCUAAAUUUAACAUGGAAGAUAUUUUAAGGGAAGAACCUGACAUCUCAGUAUUAGUGACAAAUUUUCAAAUAAAUAUAAUUAUCUCCUGUACAAUAUUAAUUUUAGUACCCUUUAUUUAUAAGCUUAGAAGAAUAAGUCAACCAGUAAAAACAGAAACUGAAAUAAUUUACAACAAAGAAUGCCCUAUUUGUUUCAAUUUUUUCCAAUUUCCAAUUAAAUCACAAUGUGGUCACGUAUAUUGCAUGGACUGCAUCUAUACUUAUUGGGAAAAAUCGAUGUGGAAGACAACUUGUCCAUUAUGUAGAAGACCAUUAAAACGUCUACAGAUUUUAGAAGAUGAAAAUAAUUAUUCCGAAUCAACAAGAAAGAAGUUAUUGGAGAAAAUUAAGCAAAUGUCUUCCAAAGAAAGUCUUAAGUUAAGCCUACUAUCAAUACCUUUUAUUAGCUACAUAAAUGGAAUAUUAAUUUCACUUGUGUGGACUUUGCUAAUUCUCAAUAUGGAUAAAUUGAUAAAAUGUAUUUUUUUGAUGUACAAAUAUUUAUAUAAUAGAAAUGAAGUAACUUAACAAAACUAUUUGCUUUUAAAUUUUGUCUUUCUACUGUGUUUUUUAUUUAGAAAUUGUAAUAAUAAAAGUGUAGGAUCCAA